CUUAUCAAGUAUACAAGUCGCUUUACUAAUAAAAUUAUAUAAUUUUAUUAUUUGUAAUUGCCGAUAAUUUAUACAUUUAUAUGUAAAGAUUGUGAAUAAAGAAACAGAACUAACGAAACGAAAAUAAAAGCAACGAAUAUCGUUCACCACAACAAUGAUAAUAAAAAUGUACGAGUCUGACCAAAUAUCUCCACUAUUUCCGUAAUUUAUCUUAAAAAAUUUAAUACGUGGGCUCAUGCUCUCAUCAGAAGAAUUAUGUCAGAAGACUUGCUCUCGGUACCCUAAAUUCAUGUAAGUGGCAAAAAAAUGUAAUAUGUACAUGUAUAUUAUACGUAUAAUGUCUGCAAAAUGUGUCAUAAAGCAUAUUUACAGGUCAAAAGUGCUAAAUAUAUAGUAGUAACACUUUUGACAUUCUAAAAUUUCAACAUCAUGACCACUACAAGUAAACACUAUACAUGCAUACAGCCUGUGGAUGUAAUUAAUCUCCAUUAAUGUAAAUAUUGUGUGCAGUAUUAUUACACAGUGCAGUAAAACCGUCACAUAUUAGAUGUUUACUGUACUGUACUUGCAUCAUAAUCUAAUACACAACAUUUCACCUUGGUAGGUACCAACCUGUUGGUAUUGUAUACCAUUUUGAUAUUCAACAUUUCACCUUGAUGACAAAUGCAAUUUUCAUAUUUAAAUCUUUAUUAAUGAUUUCUUUGAAGACUUUGGUAUUAAUUAUUAACAAAAUGUGUAUAAAUUUUACAGCUGUUAAAUAGUGAACUCUAGUACUUCUUGGAAAUACAGUAAUUAUAAUCUUAAUGAAAUGGUGAAAGUAAGAUUUUUGGACCAAAUAUGAAUGCUUUAUGAUGAAACUACAUUAGUAUCCAUUAUAUAAAAGAAAUUCACAGAAACCUGCAAUGACUUUAGCAGAUUUGCACAACAGGUGAACCACAUAAGUGUUGAGGGUGUGUUAACUGUUUUAAAUAAAUCUGAUUUUGCAGCACACAAGAGUUUCAACAAAGAUAUAAUUUAAGAGUUAAGAAGAUCUUUAACAAGUUAUCUCCAAAAUCUUAUAAAUUACUUGAGAGCUCACAGAAGAGGAGAUAUAUGUGUUUUCAGUUUAAAAAAUUAGGUAAAAUAUGAGUGCUAAUAUAGGAGAGAAGCCAUAUCAAUGCUUAGAAUGUCUGAAGCUUUUUUCUCGAAAAUAUCAUUUAGAAACACAUUUAAGAGUUCAUACAGGGGAGAAACCAUAUAAGUGCUCAGUAUGUCUAAAAAAAUUUUCACAUAGAUCAGUUCUAGUAAGCCAUAUGAGAAUCCACACAGGUGAAAAGCCAUAUCAGUGUUCAGUGUGUCAAAAAAAAUUUUCAGAUCAAUCAGCUCUUGUAACUCAUAAGAGACUUCAUACAGGAGAGAAACCAUAUCAUUGUUCAGAUUGUUUAAAAGAAUUUACACAUAAGUCAAAUCUGAUAAAACAUAUGAGAGUUCAUACAGGGGAGAAACCUUAUCAGUGUUUAGAGUGUUUAAAGUACUUUCAACAGAAUUCAGGUCUAAUUCAGCACAUGAGAAUUCAUACAGGAGAGCGGCCAUAUAAAUGUUCAGAGUGUUCUAAAGAUUUUUCACAUAAAUCGGCUCUAGUAAAGCAUAUCAAACUUCAUACUGGAGAAAAACCAUACCAGUGUUCAGAAUGUAUAAAAGCCUUUAAAGAUAAAUAUGCCCUAUUAAAUCACAUGAGAGUUCAUACAAAAGAGAAACCAUAUCAGUGUCAGGUGUGUUUAAAAGACUAUUCACAUCAGUCAAAUUUUUUAAAACAUAUGAAAAUUCAUACAGAAGGGAAACCGUAUCAGUGCUCACAAUGUUUAAGAGAUUUUUCACGUAAAUCAGCUUUAGUAAGACAUACUGGUGUUCAUACAGGAGAAAAACCUCAUCAGUGUUCACAGUGUCUAAAAGGUUUUAUGGAAAAAUCAGCUUUAUUAAAACAUAUGAGACGUCAUACAGGAGAAAAACCAUACCAGUGUUUUGAAUGUCUAAAAAGCUUUCUAGAUAAUUCAGCUCUAGUAAAACAUAUCAGAGUUCAUACAGGGGAAAAACCAUAUAAAUGUUCAGUGUGUCUUAAAAGCUUUUCUCAAAAAUAUAAUCUAGUAAUACAUUUGAAAGUUCAUAUCAAAGAAACACCAUAUCAGUGUUCAGUGUGUCUAAAAGGCUUUAACAAUAUAUCUGGUCUUUUAAAGCAUACAGGAGAUCAUUCAGUAUUAAAGCAAAAAUCAGAUCUCUUAAAACAUAUUCGAGUUCAUGGAGAAGAAAAGCCGUAUUAAUUAAAGUCAUUUUUCUGUAAGGCAUGUCUUUUAACCAGUUGAAAUUAGAUAAGACUUAACAAAAAUAAAACUUAAAUUAGUGUCAUGAAAGUUAUGGAUUAGAAGUGGCAAAAACCUUAUGAUGUUGAAUAUUUGGGUUCUGACUGUGAUGACUGACUUUGUGAUAUUUUCCACUGUUAUGAUUUCAUAUUCUCAGGUGUUUUGUUGCACUGGUUUUAGCAGUCAGUUGUAACUCCAUAAGUUUUAUACAAGAGGGGUUAAGGGAUGGCAGUCUGGUUGGAAGAGGGGGCUAGGGAACUCAUUAUUACUUGGGAGGUUUAUGGGGCUCAUGGAAUUUUGGGGGGCAUCAGCACCCUCUUAUUCCCCUUGGCACUGCCCCUGAUUUCUGAUAAUAUAUCUUUAUUUAUCAGUUUCCCAUUCUCUAACUUAAGGUUAUGUAUAAUCUAGUUUUAAAUAUUAAAGAUACAUUCACUAUCAUCAAUAGAGUGGCUUUUCUCAAAUUUGCCUGUGUUUGAUCUCUACUGCAGAUAUUGUGUCUAAUUUCAGUGCAGCUUCAGCUGGAAAAAUAAUAAAACAAAAAUUUAGAA